ACGUUCUUUGUUUGAAAGUUUCUUUGAGUAUUUGUAUAGGCCAAAGUUUCCAAAUACCUGUCUUUUUGCUAACGGUAAACUUGGGAAAUCUAACCACUCAAAGAAUUUAGCUAAUAGCGCGUUUUGAAUAGAGUCAACAUCUUCAAGAAGACAUGUAAUAUAUCAGUUUUAUUCAUUCAACUUUACAUCUUUUGAUUUCUAGUUUCAUUUGCCAGAUUGCGGUAGUCAGGAAGGUGUAGGUCUCAGCAUUCAGUAAUCGGGUUACCGGUUCUUUAGCCCCCAAGUCGAUUAGCCCAUAGCCGGUUAAAUAAAGAACGACAAACAGACAGUGUUUUGGACUUCUAGUUGGGGGCUAAAUGAUUGAGGAACUAAUCGGCUCCGGGCCUAAACGAACGGUUACCUAGUAAUCGUUUCUCAGUAGGUCAGUGCCCGUUCUGUGCACACUAGCGACAUAACAACAUUAUGACAUCACGACAUAGUCGCUCAUAUCGGUAAUGUGAACAUCGACUUAAAGACAUAUAUAAGGAUAGGUGAAGAGAUGACUUAAAGAAAUGCACGAAGAAACACUUAUUGCAAUUGCAAUAAUUCUGUUUCUUUUCUUCGACGACGGAAAACAAAAGGAAAAAUUGCUAGAAGAAAAGAGUGGAUGCACCCGAUCUUUCAACAAGAAGCUAGGAGAACACAAAGCCAGUGCCACAACCUCAUUAGAAGGUUUCGUUUAGGUAAUGAGAAUAUUGUUUCAGGUAAACGAAAUUAACGUUCCUGACCACACUUGAUAAUCGCCGCCAUUUUGAAAACAGUGCUGGUGGCAGUCUGGGUUCUACAAUUCUUGCGUCGCUCUGAUUAGUUCUUUGUUAUGUUGCUAUGUCGAUGAUGUUCACACUUGCUUUAACAGAAACAUAACGCCAUAACGACAUAGACGUAACGACAUAAGGAAAAUUUCAAUUUUUUCCCUAUGUCGUUAUGUUGCUAUUAUGAUGUUCACCCUGUCAACAUAACGACAUAAAGUCCUUCAUAUGUCAUUAUGCUAAUGUUGUUAUGUCGCUGGUGUGACCUGGGGCUAACAGGUACUGCCAUCUUUAUAUCUGGCCGUGAUCUUCCAAUGUUUUGUUUUUGGUUUUUUGCAGUUCCCGGAAAAUCUCGAGAAUGGGAGGGGCUAUUUAUAAGGACAACGCAGCCAUCGAAUACGAAGAACGCAAUAUCUACUUGAACUCUAUCCGAACACUUGGCAGACUCGAACCAACGCGGCCAAUCACUCUCCACCAAAAGGCGCUUUUCCUAUUAUGGUUGUCGAUCAUCUUUCUUUGGGUCACGCUGAAAACCAAGCGUUACAUUCUAAAGUGGCGUGACAAGUGGAAAGCUAAGCAGAUGGAGGAUGAAGAGAAAGAUUUGGCCGAGAAAGAGAAGGACAACGUGCUGAUAUCUGUGUAUCCAGUUUCUAAACCGCCGUCCGUGUCGCGAUUUGGUCGCGGAGAUGCGUCAGAGGAAAGUAAGGGUACUAGAGGACUGUUUGAGAAACUUCUUGAAAGCGACCCGGACCAACCAUCAUUUGAAGAGUUUUUAACCAAAGCUGUCGUCUUUGGCGCAAUAAUGCUUUAUUUCUGGUUAUGUGAUUAUCAACAUAUAUGGCCCAAGACGCAUAAGCAGUACUCCAGAGACAUCUUUGUUUUUUUGUUUGCUCUUCUGGUUAUCGUGGCCUUUGUUUACACUAUUCGUAAAACACCUGAGAAACUCGUCAACAGAGAUCAGACUGAAGAGUGGAAAGGCUGGAUGCAGGUGCAGUUUGUGUGGUAUCAUUAUUUUGAUGCUCAAGAAGUGUUCAAUUCCAUCAGAUGCUAUAUUGCUGCCUAUGUAUGGAUGACGGGAUUUGGUAAUUUUUCCUAUUUCUGGAUAAAGAAAGACUAUUCACUGUUCCGCUUGUUAAGGAUGAUGUUUCGCCUCAACUUUUUGGUCGUCAUGGUGAUGGCAGUGACCAAUCACGAGUUUGUUCGGUAUUACGUAUGUGCUAUGCACACAUACUGGUUCAUUACAGUUUACGCCAUGAUGUCGGUGUUCAAGAGAUACAAUGAUAAUCGUUACGUCAUGGCAGCGAAGUUUGUAAUCUAUCUGGUGAUCAACACGUUAAUAUUUGAUAUUCCUGGUGCUUCAUACAAAGUGUUCUGGCCUUUCCAGUUUAUAUUAAACGUCAAAGGAAACUUGAGAUAUUGGGUGUACCGUUCCACGCUCGACCACUGCGCUACAUGGGUGGGUAUGCUGUGUGCAUAUAACUACCCGUACAUCGAGAAGUUUCUUCUCUACUUAGACAAAAAGCACGAAAAUCGGCGCGCGGAGCAAGUGGCCCUGCUUCUAAAAAUCUGGAUCACCGUAGCCUUGUUUGGUGUGUUAGUGAUCUGGUUUCAUUUCAUCUUGAUGCAAGAGAGGCAAUUUUACAUGGUCAUACAUCCGUUCACCUCUUGGAUUGUCAUCCUCAUUUAUCUCUGGUUCAGGAACAUGCAUCCUGUUCUCCGUUCUCAUUAUCUUGGCCUCUUCAGCUGGCUUGGAAAAAUCACCCUGGAGACUUACCUUUCUCAAAUUCACAUCUACAUGAUUGGCGACGCACAGAAGAUCCUGAUCUACAUACCAAGAUAUCCCAUGUUGAACUUCAUGUUAGCCUCCGUGAUCUAUGUCGCUGUCUCGUACGUGCUCUUUUACCAGACGCUGUUUUUUAACACCUAUGUUUUUCCUAAGAACAUGGGAAUUAUUUGUAAGAAUCUCAUCGUGGGUUCAGUAUGGUUAGGACUCUGUUAUUCGAUCUCUUUUUUACUCAACCUUGCGGGAAUCUGGUAAAUUCUCAUCUGCAUUCCUUGCUUUCCUUGCUUUUACACGUUUUCCUAACAUAAGCUUAUUUAUAAAAUAUAAAAGGGUAAAAAGUAUAAAGAAUUUUCUAAAAAACGAACGCUUUCGCUUUUUUAAGGGUGAAGGCAUCAUUUGUAUUUGUAAAUACAACAUGAAUGAACUUUGUCCAAGUGUCGGAAUGUUUAGGUUAAAUAACUAAUUGUGGACACUCAAAAAAUGAAUAGAUAAAUGAAUAAGAGAUAUACAUUUGUACACAGUUUGUGCGGCGCGCUGUCUAAUUAAAACUUUUGGAUUAGCUACCGAAAAUUUAGCUCUAAGAAGGGUUCCAAGCUCUCGAUCAGAAGGACGUUUUUUACAUCACUGGAUCUCCUAAAUAUAAGCUGUUAA